UUAUUAUUUUUGACAUCGAGAUUUUGACGUUAUUUUUUUUGGUUGUGUGUUCUAUUUGGUUAUAUUAUUUGGUGUGAUUGAAAUAUAAAAAAAAGAGAAGAUUGAGUUAUACAACCACACAUCGAAAUAUUUAAUGUUUAUUUACAAGUGUGCGAGUUGCUUUCAUUUAACACCGUUGCCAGUACUGUGUGCUGAGGUUGAAUUGAAUAGUUUUCUCUAUGGCUUAUGUGAGCUAGUAAAUCAGGAACCGCGAAUACAUGAACAUCUUUUAAACAUUAAAUCAUAAAAUGAAAGCAUACGGCGCAUGGAGAGCAUAUAAUUAAUAAAGUGCAAAAUUUUGAUAAAAAAGAAUAUAACACAACAACAAAGACGGUAGCUGAUAGUGGCAAAGGUGGAUGAGAAAGGAGAGACACACACAGAGAAAGAGAGAGAGAGAAAAUAAAUAAAUAAAUAAAUACGUUGAUUUGUAUUGUGUGCGUGUGUGAACAUACAAAAAUACUAUUAUGGCUGACGUUUUUGAAUUGGAACUACAUGAUAUACAUGAAGAUGAUCCAAAUCGAGCACCCGACUCUGAUGACGAUAUCAUUGAAGUUGAUGAGGGUGAGCCAGAACUGCGAUUCGAUGGCAUCGCAAUUGAUGUUGAAGGUACCGAGAAGAUUCAAUUAUCUCAAGAAAUCGUAAAUCCAGGCACAUCAAAGUUAGGACCAGAAGAUUUCGAACUAAAGAAGGUUUUGGGAAAAGGUGGCUAUGGAAAAGUGUUCCAAGUUCGAAAAACAAGCGGUCGUGAUAUGAACCAAUUCUUUGCGAUGAAAGUAUUGAAAAAAGUGUCAAUACUCCGAACACAAAAAGACACAGCACACACAAGAGCCGAACGCAACAUAUUAGAAGCUGUCAAGCAUCCAUUCAUUGUUGAACUCAAUUAUGCAUUUCAAACUGAUGGAAAACUCUAUCUCAUUUUGGAAUACUUAAGUGGCGGUGAAUUAUUUAUGCAUCUCGAACGUGAGGGAAUUUUUUUAGAAGACACAGCUUGCUUUUACCUAAGCGAGAUCAUAUUAGCAUUGGAACAUUUGCAUGCACUUGGCAUUAUUUAUCGAGACCUAAAACCCGAAAAUAUCCUAUUGGAUGCUGAAGGUCAUGUGAAAUUAACAGAUUUCGGUCUAUGCAAAGAACAUAUUCAAGAAGGAAUUGUUACCCAUACAUUUUGCGGAACGAUCGAAUAUAUGGCGCCAGAGAUUUUGACACGUAGCGGCCAUGGAAAAGCUGUCGAUUGGUGGUCAUUAGGUGCUCUUAUGUAUGAUAUGCUGACAGGAUUGCCUCCAUUCACUGCGGAAAAUCGCAAAAAAACAAUUGAAGCAAUAUUACGCGGCAAAUUGAAUUUACCCGCUUAUCUCACACCUGAUGCACGUGAUUUAAUUCGUAGACUGAUGAAGCGUCAAGUAAAUUUACGCUUAGGUGCUGACCAAUAUGAUGGUCAAGCGGUUCGAGCACAUCCAUUCUUCAAAUUUGUUAACUGGGAUGAUGUGUUGGGCCGACGAUUGGAACCACCAAUCAAACCAAUUUUAAGAAGUGAAGACGAUGUAUCACAAUUUGACACCAAGUUUACCAAACAAAUUCCAGUCGAUUCGCCCGUAUUUUCGACAUUAAGCGAAAGUGAAAAUUCGAUAUUUCAAGGUUUUACAUAUGUCGCACCAUCGGUGUUGGAAGAGAUGAGCAAACCACCAACUAGACCCACAGCUCGUUCACCACGUCGUCCCCGUUAUCAUCAUCAAAAUGAUCAUUGUAGAUUAACGCCAGGAAUGCAGUCAGGACUGCAAAUGGGACUGCAGCCUGGACUUACGCCAUUCGCACAACGCGCCACCGCAAUGACUUCAAAACAAACAGCCCCCCAUUUACAACCAUUUGCACGGCCAUCACCACAAGAUGAAAUUAUGGAAGUUCAAGGAGUACCGAUUGUUUAGUAAACCGAGGAGAGAAAACGAAAAUAGCGAAAAAAAUUAUAUACAAGUCAUAAUGUUUGCUCUUUUUUAAGCUUUUUUGAAUCGUGAAAUCUAAAUUUAACAAAAAAAAAUUGAAAGAAAGAAAGGUGCUUUUGCCUAUAGUUCUUUUUUUCCUUGUUGCUUUUUUCUUCGUUUUAUACUUAAAUUCGUUCUGCGUCUUUUUUUUUUUAAAUUGAAAAUUGACUUCCGAACAACUCUUUUGAGCCCCGUCCGAAUAUUUCGCGGUCAAUCGGUCUGAAUUACUUUUUACCACAUUUAUUCGAGAAAGAAUAUAGAAAAUUUAUAAAACCAACAUAAAAAAAAUGAUUUGUUUUUGUAAAAAUAGAAGAUGCUGAAAUCAUGUAAAAUCACUUAUACACAAAGCAUAUUUUAAGAAAACGAAAACAACUGAAAUCAUUAUAAUAUUUUUUAUUUAAAAAAAAGACGAGCAAAUUAGCUGUAAAUAACUAUCGAUUAAAAUUCAGUUUUAAGUGAAAAUGAUAUGCGAUUGUUUCUUUUCUAGCUGCCGGUUACUCAAGAAAAUCUAAAAAAAUCGCAUACAACCAUGUAAUAAACACAUGAUGGAAAAUUAAAACGACGAUAACAAUAGAAAAAACAACAACAACUACAACUACAAAAACAAAUGUAAAUACAAUGUUAUUAAUGACUGUAUAUUUUUAUGGAUCAGUCGUUCGUCAUAUAGGCGACUUGGUGUUUAGAAAGACUAAUAUUAAAAUAGAAAAAAAACAACACCCAACAUACAGGAAACGAAAACGAAACUGAACAUAAAGUAAAUAUUAAAUCAAUACAACACAGAUAGAAGAUAUAAAGGCAAAUUAAAACUAUUUAAAAGAUGAAUAAGGACAAAAAAAAGGAGUUAAAUAACUGGCAGUGCAGAAGUUUGGCAAUAUAUUCUGAUUUUUUUGAAUGCUAACUAAAAAUGUGUUUGCGCGUGAAAAUUCAAUUUCUACUCAAAUAGUAUAAAUUCGGUCAGACAUUAUAAUGCGAUAUUUUCAGCCAGAUGAAUCAGCUCAGCCAGAUAUCGUCAGAAGCUGAAAUUUAGGGAAUACAAUAGAAGUGAUUGUUAUGGUUAUAAUUACACUUACAUUGCUAUAAUCACUAUAACAAUCACUUUUAUUGUGUUCACUCCAUUUCAGCUCCUGACGAUAUCUGGCUGAAAAUAUCUCAUUAUAAUGUCUGAAUUCGGGAUAACAUUUUCUAGUGCAAAUUUGUUGUAAAUUCUAUCAAUAUAUUUUGGUUUUUUAUUAUUUUUUUUUGUUGACUGUUUCAUUUGCAACUGAUCACUGCCCAUAAAUGUGCAAAACGAAAAUGUCAUGUGGACAGCAAACCAGAGAAAUGAAACAUAUGCAACAGAUACACAGAGAAAAAAAACAAACGUAUUAUUUGAGUGUGAUUUAAUUUUUACACGUAAAAUAUACCCGUAUACAUUUCAGAUAUUUUGCACUAUCGACGAAACGUGUACAUUUAUUAUCGAAACUAUAUUUAAAAAAAAAAACUAAACAAAAACAACAGAUAUGAAUGAAAAGAAAAUGAAAUGAGAGAAAUUAUUGAACCAAUCAGUCUUAAUUAUUAUAAUAGAAAAUCUUUUUUAUUAUUUUUUAUAAGCAUAUUUUACAAUUUACCAUAUUUCAUAUGAACUGAACACACAUACACAUACACACAUAUAACAUACAAACGAAUUACAAAUUGACGAAUUCAGUAAAUCAUCCAUCACACAAGAAUAUCGAUGGCCGAAUGUAAAAAAAAACUAACUACUACCACUACUACUACUGCAACAGCAACAACCACAUACAAAACAAAAAAAAAACGUAAAUACAAAAUCGAAUAGAUAAAAUUAUCAACUACAUAACAAAGAAGUUAAAAGUCUGUCAAAACAAAACUAACGAUAUAAAAUAGAUGAAAGAAAAAACCACUAACGUGACAUAGUAAAUGAAAUGAAACAGAAAAAAUAAAACGUAAUAUAUGAUACUCCAUAGUUAGGUGAGAUUCCAUUUAAAUGAAAGUAAUAGCGUAACGAGUGCUUAAUAGGAAAAUUUAUUGUUAUUUUUUGAAGUGAGCUACCAAAUAUUAAUAAAACAAAUCAAUAGGUAACAAUUAGUACAUUUUUGAAAACAACUUCAACAACAGCUACAAUAAGAAAGAAAUUGAAAUGAAAACCCAAAAAACCAAUCGUACCAUAAAUAUAUAUACCUUACAAUUACAAUGAAUAUCGUUUGCUUCGUUAUGUCUGCUUUUGCAACGUAAAUAUAUUUUUUCUUCAAACAAAACGAACGAAAACAAUGAAGAAAAUCUAUCAUUAUUAUUAUUAUUAUCUUUAUUAUUAGCUAGAUAAAUUGUUCCUUUCUUUUUUUAUUUAACAACAACAAAAAAAAAAUGCUUGUUUGAUUUUAUAAUCCCGAGAAAUCAGGUUAAUGAGUGAAAGAGAACGAAAAUGAGUAAAUUAAAUGAAAUGAAAUUUGAAUUAUAUACAAAAUAAAGUCAAAAAUCAAGUAGAUCAUGAUGUAUAAACUUAUGCGAUUAAUGAACAUGAAAAGUACGUUGAUUAAAAAAGAAAAACAA